AUGGCCACCACGGUGACCUGUACCCGCUUCACCGACGAGUACCAGCUCUACGAGGAUAUUGGCAAGGGGGCUUUCUCUGUGGUCCGGCGCUGUGUCAAGCUCUGCACCGGCCAUGAGUAUGCAGCCAAGAUCAUCAACACCAAGAAGCUGUCGGCCAGAGAUCACCAGAAGCUGGAGAGAGAGGCUCGGAUCUGCCGUCUCCUGAAGCACUCCAAUAUCGUGCGGCUGCACGACAGCAUCUCUGAGGAAGGGUUCCACUACCUGGUCUUUGAUCUGGUCACGGGCGGGGAAUUGUUCGAGGACAUUGUGGCCCGAGAGUACUACAGCGAGGCGGAUGCCAGUCACUGUAUCCAGCAGAUCCUGGAGGCGGUUCUGCACUGCCAUCAGAUGGGCGUCGUCCACAGGGACCUCAAGCCCGAGAACCUGCUCCUGGCCAGCAAGUGCAAAGGGGCAGCCGUGAAGCUGGCGGACUUCGGCCUGGCCAUCGAGGUGCAGGGGGACCAGCAGGCAUGGUUCGGGUUUGCCGGCACGCCAGGCUACCUGUCCCCAGAGGUCUUGCGCAAGGAGGCCUAUGGCAAGCCAGUGGACAUCUGGGCAUGCGGGGUGAUUCUGUACAUUCUGCUGGUGGGCUACCCGCCCUUCUGGGACGAGGACCAGCACAAGCUGUACCAGCAGAUCAAGGCGGGAGCCUACGACUUUCCAUCUCCUGAGUGGGACACGGUCACUCCUGAAGCCAAAAACCUCAUCAACCAGAUGCUGACCAUCAACCCCGCCAAGCGCAUCACAGCCCACGAGGCGCUGAAGCACCCGUGGGUCUGCCAACGCUCCACGGUGGCCUCCAUGAUGCACAGGCAGGAGACUGUGGAGUGCUUGAAAAAGUUCAACGCCCGAAGGAAGCUCAAGGGUGCGAUCCUCACCACCAUGCUGGCCACGAGAAAUUUCUCAGUGGGCAGACAGACCACCGCUCCGGCCACAAUGUCCACCGCGGCCUCCGGCACCACCAUGGGGCUGGUGGAACAAGCAGCUAAGAGCUUACUCAACAAGAAGGCUGACGCGGGCAAGCCCCAGACAAACAGCACCAAGAACAGUGCUGCUGCCACCAGCCCGAAGGGGACACUUCCUCCGGCUGCCCUGGAGCCUCAAACCACCGUCAUUCAUAACCCCGUGGACGGGAUCAAGGAGUCAUCGGACAGCACUCACACCACUAUAGAGGACGAGGACACGAAAGCACGGAAGCAGGAGGUCAUCAAGAUCACCGAGCAGCUCAUCGAGGCGGUCAACAACGGGGACUUCGAGGCCUACGCGAAAAUCUGUGACCCAGGCCUGACCUCGUUCGAGCCUGAAGCGCUGGGCAACUUGGUCGAAGGGAUGGAUUUCCACAGAUUCUACUUCGAGAACCUGCUCGCCAAGAACAGCAAGCCCGUCCACACGACCAUCCUGAACCCGCACGUGCACGUCAUCGGGGAGGACGCCGCGUGCAUCGCCUACAUCCGCCUGACGCAGUACAUCGACGGGCAGGGCCGGCCCCGCACCAGCCAGUCGGAGGAGACGCGCGUGUGGCACCGCCGCGAGGGCAAGUGGCAGAACGUGCACUUCCACUGCUCGGGCGCGCCCGUGGCGCCGCUGCAGUGAAGAGCUGUGGCCGGCUUCGUGGGACAGACUCAGUGUUUGGAGCCCGGCCGCCCUCCCUCGGCCUGCCUGUCGCAUGUUUGUGUCUGCCUCGUUCCUCCCCUGGUGCCCGUGUCUGCAGAAAACCAAGACUGGAUGUGAUUUCUUUUUAACAACAAGAUGACAACCGCCACCAAAAAAAAAAA